AUUAAAUGUCAAAAAAAUCAAAAUAAAGGGAAAUCUUUGAGUUUGUCGGAAAAUCUUAAUUUUGUGGAAAUUCUCAGAGUAAAAUAUGGGUGAGAAUAGCGAGAAUGGGAAGAUUAGUGUCCCAGGAAGCAAUUCUGAGUAUCCGUCUGAGAAAACAAUUAAUCUCCUCGCCACGGGGAUUGUAAAUCUUUAUCAGGCAGAUUUGGAGAAGAUUCAGAAGGAUCUGUCCAAUCUCACAUCGAAGCAGGAGAAAUUAAUGGGAGAACUGGAGCAGGAGAAACAGAGACUGGAUGAGAGGAAGUUGAAGAAUAUCCAGGAAAUGAUGGACACAGUGAAGGUUUACCGGGAGAAACUCCUGACUAUAAAGAAGCAAAUGACGAGCUUCCAUCAACGAUCCAGAAAUCUUGUGAAACGCUCGCAGGAGCUGCAGGAAUUCAAGGAGAAGGAAAAACAACAGAAGAUUCAACGGAGGCGUCAGGAGGAAGCCCUAAUCGGCAGGACGUAGCAAGAAAAAAAAUCUUCCAUUUAAAAAUAAUUUAUUCUAUCCACACAAAUCACAUUCAAGAGGAUCUUUUGCAAGAAAAAAAAAUAGCCCUAAACUGGACCCCAAGCACCUGCGCCCCCUUUUUUUUCUUCGAGGGGGGAGUGACUCACGCAAAGGAUGAAUUUGGCUGUGUAUCGUCGUCCAGCAUGUGGAUGGCAUCUGUGGGUGUUCUGUAUUCGUUUUGCAUGAGUUCUGUGGAUGAGGAAUAAGAUAAAAUGUUAGUCUUGUGCGCGGUGGAAGGAUGUGGAGCCACACAAAAGAAGCCACAACAGUUAAAAUAAAUUUUAUUUAAGUUAAAAAAAAAUUCAAUAAAAACUCAUUCAAUUCAACUUUGCACCUAAGCCGUACUCGCUAAAAAAUCGCCCAAGAAUCAACCAAUAAGAACUCCUUAUUAGAUUCAUGAACCAAUCAGAGAAAAGUUCAAAAUCUUCUUAUUUAUUUUCACAUCAAACGAUGAUUUUAAAACAAUUUUAUUGACAGAAACAUUAAACUUUAUACCCAAAUAUUCAUUAAAAUUGAGGAAGUAUUGAGUGCAAAGUUGUACUGAAUUAAGUAUUCCAGUGGGGGAACCCAAGAAAAAAUUUCAUGCGAUUAAUUUUUCAAUUUAAGGAGCAAAAACUACACGCUAAAAGAAUAAUCAAUUCUGGGAUUAAAUUGUGGUGGGAAUAAUACUUAUUUUUAUAGGAAAAAAAAAAGAUUUAUUUUAGCAUUUAUUUUUAUUGUUAAAUUUAUAUUGAAGAAUUUAUGGAAAAUAAAGGGAAUUUUUGAAAGGA